AAAAAAAAACGGAAGGGAUAUGCUAGGAUUGGCAUUAACUGACAAACAGAGCUCUCCCGUCUCUCCAUAUCCAUUUCGGUUUCUUCUUCGUAUUGUGGAGUCUUUCCUCUCAUGGCUCUCUGCAUGAGAAAAUCACUGAACCUUAUCAACCUUCUCAAAUCCAAGAUGGGUUUGUUGGGUACAAUCAAUCCGAGUCCUUGGGCUUCUACUUUAUCCCAUCAUCAUGAAUUUCCAGUUCCAGCACCAACUACUCAAAAUCUGGGGAACUCGGAUGCAGAUUGGAUUGUGAAAGCAAUCGUUUUAUCUUCUCGCCGUUUCAAAUGGACAAAAGCCGAAAAACAGUUGAGUUCUCGCAAUGAUGAUGAUGAUAACAAGGUCUUGGAUUUUCCAGGAGGAAAGGUCGGUUUCACUCCUGAGAUGAGAUUUAUAUCUGAAUCCCCAGAGGAGCGGACACGCUGUUAUCGUGUCCUUGAUGAAGAAGGUCAGCUGAUUAUUGGCAGCACUUUUGUACAGGUCAGCAAGGAACUUGCUGUAAAAAUGUACACUGACAUGGUUACCCUUCAAACCAUGGACACAAUCUUUUAUGAAGCACAAAGGCAAGGAAGAAUUUCAUUUUAUCUGACGACAAUUGGAGAAGAGGCCAUCAAUAUUGCAACUGCUGCAGCACUUUCUAUUGAUGACCAUGUCUUCCCUCAGUACAGAGAACCAGGAGUGCUACUAUGGCGUGGCUUCACCCUACAAGAAUUUGCAAACCAGUGUUUCGGAAACAAAUUUGAUUAUGGGAAAGGCAGGCAGAUGCCUAUCCAUUAUGGAUCUAACAAGCACAACUACUUUACUGUAUCAUCAACAAUUGCCACACAAAUUCCACAUGCGGUUGGUGCUGCAUAUUCUCUAAAGAUGGAUAGAAAAGAAGCAUGUGCAGUGACGUAUUUUGGUGAUGGCGGCACAAGUGAGGGAGAUUUCCAUGCUGCUUUGAAUUUUGCGGCGGUCAUGGAGGCCCCAGUUAUAUUUAUCUGUCGGAACAACGGAUGGGCUAUCAGUACCCCUACUUCAGAUCAGUUUCGAAGUGAUGGUGCAGUUGUCAGAGGCCAGGCUUAUGGAGUCCGAAGUAUCCGAGUAGAUGGUAAUGAUGCACUUGCCAUUUAUAGUUCCGUUCAUGCUGCACGUGAGAUGGCAAUAAGUGAACUCAGACCAAUCUUAAUUGAGGCUUUAACAUAUAGAGUGGGACACCACUCCACAUCUGAUGAUUCCACCAAGUAUCGUCCAAUCGAUGAGAUUGAAUGGUGGAAAUUCGCACGAGACCCUGUAACUAGAUUUAGAAAAUGGAUUGAAAGCAAAGGUUGGUGGAGUGGCGAAGCCGAGUCAGAGUUUAGGAGCAGUGUGAGGACGCAGCUACUGCAUGCAAUUCAAGUUGCAGAGAAACUUGAGAAACCUCCAGUGGCAGACAUUUUCACAGAUGUAUAUGAUGUUCCCCCAUCCAAUCUCCAGGAGCAGGAGAAAUUGCUGAAAGAGACGAUCAAGAGACACCUACAGGACUACCCUUCAGAUGUUCCUUCCUAGACUUGGAUGAUUAUGCAUUUAUAUGGCAUGGGAUCUUGUAUUAACGAUUAUUUCAGCCCUAGUAAUUGAAAGCAGAUCCCUCGCAUACAGUUCCCCAACCUUAAUGUAAUAUGCAAUUGACCCUCUCCAAGCUAUAUUUUCUCUAUGGUGAUUCCUUGCUUCUCCAAA